AUGUCCAUCCUCCCUGCUCUUCUCUGCCUCAGUCAGUUUCUGGGCCAGAAAACCCACGAGGAGGAUGGGACCCUCCCCAGGCCCACCAUCUGGGCUGAGCCAGGGCCGGUGAUCCCUUCAGACAGCUCUGUCACCAUCUGGUGUCAGGGGUCCCUGGAGGCUCAGGAGUACUGUCUGUGGAACAAAGAUGUGGAUAAAUUCUGGAACAGACAGAAACCAGUGGCGACAACGGACAAAGUCAACUUCUCCAUGAAAAAAUCCUACGCAGGGAGAUAUUAUUGUAAAUACCGCAGCCCCACUGGCCGGUCAGAGCUCAGUGACGCCUUCAAAUUGGUGCGGACAGGAUUCUACGACAAACCCAGCCUCGCAGCCCUGCCCAGCCCUGUCGUGACCUCAGGAGGAAACGUGACCCUCCAGUGUGCCUCACGGGAAGGAGUGGACGGGUUCACUCUGAUUAAGGAAGGGGAAAGCGGGCACUCCUGGACCCUGGACUCACAGCCUCACCCCAGUGGGCAGUCCCAGGUCCUGUUCCUUGUGGGCCCCGUGACCCCCAGCCACAGGUGGAUGUUCAGAUGCUAUGGAUAUUUUAGGAAGCACCCCGUGGAGUGGUCUCACCCCAGUGACCGCCUGGAGCUCCUGGUCUCAGGACCCUCUGGAGGCCUCAGCCCCUCUACCACAGCAUCUAUCUCCACAGUGGGAAGCUCAGAGGAUCAAGGAGGCUCCAGCAGAGAUUCCGAAGAGCAGAGCAAUGCUCUUGUGAUGGGCCCACAGCCUGGGGAGAGCAUGGAACUGGACCCUCAGGUUGCUGCACCUGCUGCCCCCCAGGAGGUGACCUACGCCCAGCUGACCCACCUGACCCUCAAAAGGGAGACAAGUCCACCCCCUUUCUCCCCAUUAGAGCAGCCCCCGGCUGAGCCCACCUCCAGCCCCCAGGACCACACAAUGGAGAAUCUCAUCCUGUUGAGUUGGGCUGGACUGAUGCUCAUAGGGUUUGAGGCCCUGCUGUUUCAGGCUUUAGACAGUGACGGAAGGACCCAGGAUGAAACUGAGAUGUGA